AUGCCGAUGUGGUCAUUAUGUGCACAACUUUGCUCCAGAAUUAAAGUAUGCAAAUCUAUUAACUUUAUAGCAUUGAAUAAUACGUGUCAGAUAAAUGAUGCUGAACCUACAGGAAAUGAGGAUGGACUCAUUGAAAGUGUUGGAAAUAGCUUUAUUGCUGCUUCGAGUCUACCAAAGGAGGUAGCUGGUCCGUGUAAAGGCCAUGACUGCAAUGGCACUGAAGUGUGCAUUUCACAAAGUCCGACUUACGCAUGCGUAAAUAUGUUAGAAAUCUUUUUCGAAAGGAGAACCAGAGAAGGAUCAAUUGUGUCUCAAUUUAAGAAAACUGGCCAGAGCACUUUAUAUGACUGUGAAUAUGGGUUCGCAUGUGGAGCUGAAAAAGGGGUUGACGGAAUUAAGGAACCUAAAAGCAUGUUUCAUACACGUAUGAAACUAGAACCUUUCUGGUGGGUCAAUCUCGGACAAGUGUACAAGGUACAGAAGGUGAUCAGUACAAAUCGGAUGGAUAAUUAUGGUCAUCGGCUCACAAAAAUGCUCCUUCAUGUCGGCAACAGCUUAGAUACAUCACGAAUGAAUGUAUGUGGACAGUUCAUUGGUCCAGCCGUUAAUGGACAGGUCAUAGUUAUACGAUGCUACACACUACCAGAAGGACAAAUAGUAAAAUUAACGAGUUUUCAUACCGCACCAGAGUUCUUUCAUCUGGCUGAAGUUGAAGUGUAUGCUGUUUAG